CAACUAUGACGACUAAGAAGCUGCUCAUUGAAACACUGAACCAGUUGAGUCCAGAGGACUUUGCUGAGUUCAAGUCACUCACUGAAGUAGAGAAAGAUCUCCAACUGAUGUCACAGAGCCGACUGAAAACAGCAAACACACAGGAUGUAGUGGAGCUGAUGGAGGAGACGUACAGAGGAGAGUGUGUGGAGGAGACCAGAAAGGCUUUAAUGAAGAUGAACAGGACUGAUCUGGUGCAGAGAUUAUCAGACAAACAGUUUCCUCCACUGAGCCAGAGAGUAGAAACGAUGGAGUCUCUUAUUGAGCUGCUUUUGGAAACACUGGCUGAUCUGAGUGACAGCGAGCUCGAGAACUUCAUCAAGAUCCUGAGAAGAAAACGUGGCUCACUGAUCCCCACGAGUCUGUUGUUCAUGUCAGACCUGCAGGACGUGCAGGACUUGGUGUUUGUGAUGGUGAGGACAUUUGGCCAACAGUCAGUGAAGAAGAUCGUGGAGGUUUUAAAGGAGAUGAAGAGGACUGAUCUGGCUCAGAGGCUGACAGACAGCAGCUCAGAAGCUCAAAACAAACAUCUGGAUGAACAUCUGUCUGCACUGAUCCAUAAAGUUGCAACAAUGGCAGCUGUUACAGAUCUGCUUCUAGAAACACUGGAGGAUUUGAGUGAUCAGGAUCUCAAGCUGUUCAGGAGGCUCCUGCAGUUCACUUGUUUUCAGAAGAGUCUUCCACAAAUCAAACUGAGUAAUGACAGAAGAGAAACAGUGAAUGUGAUGAUUGAUAAAUGUGGUCAUCAGUCUGUGGAGGUGAUCAGGGAGGUUUUAACAGACAUGCAGAGAACUGAUCUGGUGCAGAGGCUGUCAGAGAGCAGCUCAGGACUCAAAGCUGCAGGAUCAUCAGCUGAAGGAUUUGAUGUGGAGGAAACAGAGAAAGAGAAACACUCUGAGGAUGAACGUUGGCCUGCACUGAUCCACAAAGUAGAAACGAUGGAGUCUGAUAUUGAGCUGCUGCUGGAAACUCUGGAUGCUCUCAAUGAGGUGGAGCUCAGUGAGUUCAACUGGACCCUGCAACUAAUUCAUCACAAAUAUGACUCAGGCUUCCCAUGGAUGCCGUACAUGAGGACAGACCUGCAGCACACAGUGUUUCUGAUGGUGCAGACUUUCGGCCAACAGUCAGUGGAGACGACCAUGGAGGUCUUAAAGAAGAUAGAGAGGACUGAUCUGGCUCAGAGGCUGUCAGACUGCAGCUCACUGCCUAGAAAGAAACACUCUGUGGAUGAACGACGCUCUGCACUGAUCCACAAAGUGGCAACAAUGGCAGCUGUUAAACAUCUGCUUUUACAAACUAUGAAUGAUUUGAACAACAAGGAACUUUUGGAAUUUAAGAAGUUCCUUGGGUGGAUUUUUCAUUUGAAGAACUUGUCAUAUUUCUCAUUGAGGUUAAAUAAACUAUCAACCAGAGCAGAUACAGUAAAACUGAUGAUGGAUGAACUUGGUCAGCAGUCUGUGGAGGUGACCAGAGAAGUUUUCAUGUGCAUGAACAGAACUGAUCUGGUGCAGAAGUUAUCAGAGAGCAGCUCAGCAUCCAGAGAGAAACACUCUGUGGAUGAACAUGGAGCUGCACUGUUGAAGAGAAGAGAAGCACUGACAGCUGUUAGAAAGAUUCUUGUGGAAAUCCUGAGACAUUUGAAUCAAAAGGAUCUCGAGAAAUUCAAUUUGUUGCUGCAGUUCACCUGCUUCAAAAUGGGCCUGCCACAAAUACAGAUAUAUAUAAACGUGACAGAUGAACUAGUGAAUGAUAUGGUUGAUAAAUGUGGUCAUCAGUCUGUGGAGGUGAUCAGGGAGGUUUUAACAGACAUGCAGAGAACUGAUCUGGUGCAGAGGCUGUCAGAGAGCAGCUCAGGACUCAAAGCUGCAGGAUCAUCAGCUGAAGGAUUUGAUGUGGAGGAAACAGAGAAAGAGAAACACUCUGAGGAUGAACGUUGGCCUGCACUGAUCCACAAAGUAGAAACGAUGGAGUCUGAUAUUGAGCUGCUGCUGGAAACUCUGGAUGGUCUCAAUGAUCGAGAGCUACAUGAGUUCAAUAAGAACCUGCGACAAAUUCAUCGCAAAUAUGACUCAGACUUUUCAUUGACGCGGUACAAGUGGACAAACCUGCAGGACACAGUGUUUCUGAUGGUGCAGACUUACGGCCAACAGUCAGUGGAGACGACAAUGAAGGUCUUAAAGGAGAUGGAGAGGACUGAUCUGGCUCAGAGGCUGUCAGACUGCAGCUCACUGCCUAGAAAGAAACACUCUGUGGAUGAACGACGCUCUGCACUGAUCCACAAAGUGGCAACAAUGGCAGCUGUUAAACAUCUGCUUUUACAAACUUUGAAUGAUUUGAACAAUGAGGAGCUCAUGAAAUUUAAGAGGCUCUUACAGAUAUUUUUUCCUUUGGGGACUCUGUCAUAUUUCUCAUGGAGGUUGAGUCGAUCAUCAACCAGAGCUGAUACAGUGAAUCUGAUGAUGGAUAAACUUGGUCAGCAGUCUGUGGAGGUGACCAGAGAAGUUUUCAUGCACAUGAACAGAACUGAUCUGGUGCAGAAGUUAUCAGAGAGCAGCUCAGCAUCCAGAGAGAAACACUCUGUGGAUGAACAUGGAGCUGCACUGUUGAAGAGAAUAGGAGCUCUGGAAGCUGUUAGACAGAUUCUCUUGGAAAUGCUGAAUGAAUUCAGUCAAAUGGAUCUAAAGAAAUUCAAGCAGUUGCUGCCGUUCACGUUCUUUAAGAUGGGCCUGCCACAAAUGGAGAGGUACUGGUAUAGAAACAGGACAGAAGAGCUUGUGGAUCUGAUGGUGGAUGAACUUGGUCAUCAGUCUGUGGAGGUGACCAUGGAGGUUUUAACAGACAUGAACAGACCUGAUCUGAUGCUGAAGCUGUCAGAGAGCAGCUCAGAACGAAAAACUGAAAGAAGUUCAGAGCUUGAAGGUUGUCAGAGCAUGACGCAGGACUCCAGUGAUUGGACUAAACUUGAACCUGAGGUGAACAGUACAGAUGCAGACGAGGCUCCAACUUACAGCCUUCAGUCUGCAGCAGGACACUUUGAAUGCAGAGUCUCGGGCUUGCGCUGGGUCUGUAAGGGAAAGACCAGCUUUCAGUACCAGUUUAGAUCUUGGGAGGGACACAUGGAGAGGAUGGAGAGCAGACAAUACAUGCCUGCAGGUCCUCUGAUGGACGUCACAGUCACUGCUGGGAAGUUAAAUGAAGUUCACCUGCCACACUGGAUCUGCAUCGAUGACAUCCCUGACAUAUUGGACAUGUUUGCAGUCGUUCACAUAGAUGACUGUGGAGAUGUUGUGGAAAAAGUGUCUGAGGUCACACCAUCACAUGUCAAGUUAACUGAACCACAUUUCUCUCUAAUAGGGGCUCUGAUACGUUUAUUCUUUCCUUUGAAAAUCAGCUGUUACACGUUGAUGUACUAUAAACCCAACACAUCAUUUCUUAAACUCCACGUCUAUCCAAUCCGACAGGAUCCUGCUCUGGAACAGGGAAUAGACAAGGAAGAAUCCUCAGAUGGAUACAAACGAAUCAAAAAGCCACACCCAGACAAGUACCUGCAAACUGAGCGUACUUUCAGCCUCAGAGCCGACAUGGAAACAGCAGAAAUUCAACCACAGGUACAGUUUGUAAAAAGCUCUGCUGAGGAGAUCUAGCCCCUCAUUGUAUGUGUAGAUAAACCUCUACUCUGAAACAUUUCAGUCAUGUCUGAAGCUUGUUUUUAAGAACACUUUCUG